AGCGCGGGGAUUAAGAAAGUAACGAACGUAGUCUAUGGUAUGACUACUCUGUGGUUGCAACGUCACGCGGACGCCCAAUGAGAGCGCGUGAACGACCACCUCUCCCGACCGCCGCAACCUCGCGCGCCAGCGCAGCCAUUGCGAGCGGUGAGAGAGAGAGCGCCCCGACCACCGACGCGUACGGACGUGUCGAGAAAUCCUCCGCGGCUCUAUAUCACGCCAUCAAUAAUCUAGAACUUUCGAUUAUCCGCCAUUUUGUAUCAAGUAGUUUUGUGUUAAGUUUUUGUCUCGUGUUCGGAACAUUAUGUAAAAUUAGUAAUAAAAGUGAUUGACUAUAAAGUGCCGCUUUAUUUAAAACCACCACUGAGUUUGGAAGUUGCCUAUUAAACUGGCUCCCAACUUUAGUGACUAUUACACUGGCGCCCAACUAGUAGGCCGAACCGUUACGACCGUUACAUAAGCGUGAAGAUGCCGACAACGAGGAGAGGGGAAGCCCUCCGUCAACAACAGGGAGAUGAAGGGAACGUCACUCUCACUGAAGAGGAGAUCGUCGCCGAGCGCGGCCACGCGGACGAAGCCGCGAGCGCCGGCUCGAGGCCGACAGAACCUGCUCCCCACUUCACCCAAGAGUUUCUAUCCACGCUGAUCGAAACGAUUACGCGUGCGCAGGUGGAGGCUAACAGAAGUCUCGUUAACACGCUGAUGGGAUCCGGCGGCGACUUCAGAGCUUCCACCCCAGUCGGGCCUCCUCCAUUUUCCAACGCGACCGGCGGUGGUACCGCCGUCGCAGCCCCGCCGUGCAGCGAGGCUAACUUCGUGAAGUGCACGGCGAGAUUCGACGGGACCUCCCCGGACGCUGAGGUCCUGGAAGCAUUCCUGGACGCCGUCGAGAUCUACAAGGAGUGCGCAGCAGUGAGCGACGAACACGCCCUGCGUGGGCUACCCAUGCUCCUUGAGGGCGAAGCCGCCGUGUGGUGGCGCGGCGUAAAAGCGUCGGUAACUACAUGGGCGGACGCGACCGCGCGCCUCCGUGCGACCUAUGGCGUCGCGCAGCCCGCGCACCUCAUCCUGCGCGAGAUCUUCGCGAGGGAACAGCAGGAAGAACGUGCGGAGUCAUUCAUAUGUAGAGUGCGCGCGUUAAUCGCUAGGUUGCCUUAUACUUUAGAUCAAACGUUACAAACAGACAUUUGUUACGGCUUAUUACAUAGACGCGUAGUGAAACGAGUGCCGCGAGAUAGUGUUCGUGGGUUAGACGACCUAUUAUAUAAGGCUAGGAUCGCGGAGGAUACCUACAAAGCGUCUAAGGUUAAUUCCGAUAUUGUUAGUAAUAAUAAUUCGAUCGAAACAUCUACUACCGACCGUGUUCUCAAGCUAUCGAGUUCCGCGACCACGGGCGCGACUUCGUCACGUUGCAACAACAGAAGUAGACCGCGUUGUAGUUUCUGUAGGCUUUUUGGGCAUGUUAGCGACGAGUGUCGUAAUCGCGAGAAGGCUAAGUCUAGCAAAAACAUUAAUACAACACCUAGGGAGGUACGUUGUUAUGGAUGUGGCAAGCAGGGAGUCGUGAGGUCGAAAUGUGAUGUUUGCGUGAACACAACGUCGAAGUCCGACGACAAAAUAUCUUUCAACAAAGUUGAUGUAGAUUUUUGUAUGCAUAACGUCGAUGUUAGGAAUAAUAGUUACACUAGUAGGGUUAAUACCGAGUCGUGUGUUAGCAUUACAAGUGCAUAUCUAAGUACGCGCGACGAUCACCCGAUGGUGAAUAUUAGUGUCGCGGGCCGUAGGGGCGUGGCCGUUGUAGAUACCGGCGCCACGCAUAGCAUAGCGAGCCCGCUCUUACACCGAAUCUUAGUUAACUCGGGAGUUCGAUUUACCGAAACGAGACGUUUCGUGCGCCUAGCCGACGGCACACAAGGAUGGAGGGACUUGCUGUCAGCCGAGACAGAGGUUAUCAUUGUAGGCCGACGAAUAAUGUGCAAGUUCCUAGUGUUGCCUGGUAGGAAUGUUAGGACUCUGUUAGGUGUAGAUUUCUUGACUCGGGCCGGCAUGGUUAUAGACGUCGCCCGACGUACAUGGUCGUUCUCGGACUGUCCGGAACGACGGUUUGAUUUAGUGUGUACUUACACUGUAGGUUCGAACAAUAGUGUCGACGCCGGCCUAUUGCACACCGCUUCUGCCGAUGACCCAGCACCGCGACCGCGUGAAGGUAAGUUUACCCCCGCGCGGCGGCGUACACCUAGUGCGUGCAUCGUAGAUCGCGCGCCGCGAGCCGCGCGCGAUGUACCCGCGUCGAAGGGCGCUGCGCGUCGUCGUUAUAAGGUGAGUUCACUUCAAAAAGGCGGGAUCAAGGUCGAUCCAGAUAAGGCGGCAGUUGUCGCCAACCUGGCUGCUCCGCAGAACGUGAAGCAACUAGAGUGUUUCUUGCGCAUGUCAAGAAUCGCGAGACCCCUCACUGACCUCCUGAAGAAGUCGAGUGCCUGGCGAUGGGGCACCGAACAACAGGAGGCGUAUGAACGCGUCAAGUCUCUGCUCGUUUCCGCUCCUAUUCUCCGCCAGGCGGACGCGUCAAAGCCAUUUACCCUUUGCACUGAUAGCAGCGCCUAUUGUAUUGGGGCUGUUCUCAUGCAGGGGGAGGGCCAUGACGAACAGCCAAUCGAGUACGCGAGUCGACUCCUCACUAGUGCCGAGAGGAACUACUCCACGACUGAGCGAGAGGCUCUCGCCGUCGUGUGGGCACUAAGUAAGUUCCGCAGGUAUGUGAAAACCGCGAAGGUCAUCGUUAGGACUGACUACCAGCCCUUAGGGUGGCUGAUGGGUCAGAGGUCACCUAGCGGUAGACUGGCCAGAUGGGCCCCGAUGUUGCGAGAGUUCGAUCUCAGCAUUGAGUACACACCCCGUCGCUCACAGGUAGUUGCAGGUACCACGUCGCGACCCGUCAGUGCAGGCGACCAGGACGAGUGUGACCUAUGCAUAAUAGACAUCGCUUUGCCAGAGAGAAGCAGCAGUGUUCGCAGCAGUCAGCCGAUGAACCCCAGAGUGGAAAAGCAGUCGGAAAAUGAGAAGGAGCGAAGGACUUCAGAACAAGCUCAUAGCGCAAAACUCACGCACCAUAUCACCCAUCUCACGUGCUCGCCGGUUUAUGGCACAUGUGUGAGCGAGAAGGAAGAUGCGGCAUCGCAUGCUCCUAAAACGUCACAAAGGAGGUCGCCCGAUGAAUAA